GGAGGAGGUGAAAAUGCAGUGCACUAAUUAUUGUCCAGGAUAUUACUACCCAAGAGAUAAUGUUGUCAGCCUUACGGGUAAUUCACAGUCAAUACCCCACAGUGAUAUCGCCUGCAACAGUAGUAGAGGCUUACAUCUUGCAUUUCCUCCGUUUAUGGUAGACGAGAGCCAGGAUGUAGUUUAUCAGAAAAAAAUAUUGAGACAGACAAUACUCAAACACGAUGCAACAUUUAGAUAUCAGGUCAAUGAACUGCAUCGCUUAUAUGGAAGACAAAGGGAAUUAAUGGAUGAGAUGAAAAAGAGAGAACUAGUAGAAGAUCAUAUACACUUGCAAGCAUCAAAGGCAAAUACUUUUGUGUCUCUGUUUAGGUCUGACAUUUCUGAGAAAACCUUUAGGCACUCAGUAAAUCUCACGAGCAUUGAACCAUAUGCACCAAGUAAAGAAAUGUUUCAAGAUCCCUUUAGUUCUGGUGCUGGUAAGACUGUGCAACCAGGAGGUGACUGUCUUUCAGGUCAAAACAUUUUAAACGAAUGCAAGCCAUCAUCAUUGAAGGACGACACGUCAAGGAAGAGAAUGUUGGACCUUGAACUUCCAGCAGAAAAAGGCAUUAAUAAUGAAUACAGGGAGCAAUUUGAGGAAGAAAAUCCUGCAGCUAAAAAGACAAAUAUUUUGAUCUCAGAACUUCAACCUCAAUGUUCUUUGAAAGUCAACCUUGUUGCCUCUGGAAAAUCUUCCAGUUCUCCCUCAAGUUGUAGGGGUACCUUUCUUUUGUUUGACCUGAAUGAACCUGUACAGCCUUUUGAGUCAGAUUGUCCAAAUUCGGCAUUUGAAUCGAAUAACAUUCACGAGGAAAUUAGGGACAGAGAUCUGGAUUUAUCCGGUAUGGCACGUGCAGAAUGCUCAACUCUGAAUAAAGAAGGGAGAGAUGAAAGCAACUUGAAGUCGUUUGAUGAAGUUUCUUCUGUUGGUAGAGCACUUCUUCCAUGUAAUCAACCAGCAUCGUUGCCCUUAGAAAAUGUAGACAAGAUUCAUGCUGAAACCACAACUGACAAAUCACUGGUGAUUUCCUCUUGGAGAGAAUUUAAGCAGAUUCCUGUUGCAGCACUUUCAUGCUUUAAUACUGAUGCAUCAUUCAGCAAGAGUACUGAGUCCUCUAUUAGGAAUUCUAGUCUCACUGUAAAGAAGUUAAAUAUGGACCUAGGUCCUGCGUCCACUCCAACUUCUGGAAGUUUGACUUCUUGCUUUAUGCAGCAUGAUGCAAGUGAUAGUACAGGUGAACACAUUGCUUCUGUAAAAGACCACAAGUUUUCAGACUACACAAGUUCUGGGAACGGCAUGGACUUGAAUUUGACACCUUCUACCUGUUUGUCUGACUGCCAGUCUGCACCCUCCUUCGACAUUUCCCAUCUUAAUUUCCCUGAAGGCAGAAAUGUAGAGAUACAUAAAAAUUCUGAGGUUCCUGACAGUAACAUGGUUCCUAAUUCAACAGCUGAAUAUAGAAAAUGCACCAGGGAAAUUCACCUUGUAGGUUCUAGAAUUGAUAGCAAGCUUUCAACAGCUAAUAUUUGCAUCGACUUAAACUCUUGCAUCAAAGAAGAUCUAAAAGGUCCAAGUGAAGCAGCAAAGUCUACUGCAGAAAGAGAUCUAAAAGGUCCUGUUAGCCCAGAAAAUAAGGAGUGCUCUCCACCUAGAGGAGAUUCCCAGGACAUUAAUAUCAGAACAUCAAUCAAUUUGCCAAGAAGAGGCCAUGAUGAUCCAAUCGAUGAACCUGACACGGUUGCAGCUGAUAUACUUAUUUUUAUUUCAUCAUCUGUGGUCCACAGGUACUCAAAGAAUGCCAUUGGUGAACCAUCUGAAACUUCCAGCAACUGUCUACGCGGGCUUGCUGAAGUUGCUACUUCUUUGGCAAGUAGUCAAGAGAAUGAAGUUGAACAAUCCAUGGAAGUCCAUUUCGGGCGCGAUGUACUUCUUUCAGAAAGGACUGCUUCAAGUCGGAUGAAGCUUAAUCUGAGAAAGGGGCACAUGGAUAAUAGUCUUAGUUACUUGAAGGUUGCAAAAAAGAAGGAAAAAGGCAUUGUGUGUAAUCAGCCAAGGAGGGGUCAAGCAAGGAGGACAAAGGAUCAGAAGGACCUUCAAGCAGAUGUCUUACCUGCAGUGGAAUCCCUUUUGCAUCAAGUAAAUGAAACAAAUGUUGCUUCAAAACCCAGUCCAUGGAAAAAAACUCCGAGUAGGACGAGUUCCAGAGGUAGGAGACGGUCCAAUGAUGGAGAGAGAACAAUGUGCUCACUCCUACUGCAGCAUACUUUGGAUAACAAACACGGGAUCACAGACAUAUUUUUGAAAGGCUGGGGGGUGACAAAAAAGCAGCAAAGGACUCGGAGAGCUAAGUCUUAUGUGUCUCCUCUUUUCUUAGCUGCUGAGUAAUUUAAUGGAGAGUAUAUUUCUGGACUAAUGUAUUUAUAGUACAGGAAGUUGACUGCUAGGCUUUUCUUCCCCUUUUUUUUAGUACUGUUGGAGAUAUUAUGU